GGCCAGAUUCUCGAUCGGAUUUCUAUGGCAAUUGUUGUUACUCCUGUUAGAAGUGAAGAUGAAGAUAUAAAUCAGAUGAAGGAGACGACGAUUGGAUUUCUUGAAGGAAAAAAUGCGAGUAUCCAAAAUGUGAAAAAAGACGUAUAUACAUUUUUAAUUAUUCUUCAGGGUUCACUUUGCAAUUUUUUGAAAUGAAAUUCUAAACAAAAUUCUUACUUGGAAUGUCUUCCGGUUAUAAUUUGCCGCUUGUAGAAUGUACCAAAACAUUCUGAAACCAGAAUGCACCGAAGAGCUCCCCCUAACUAAAACACCGGGCGACCCAUCUACAUCCCGACAAAUGGACAGAAGAAACUAAAAGCUCAAGCCUCAAGAGAAAUAAAAAUUCAGCGGCGAAGAUCGACGAUUUGAAGCGCGCCGGCGACUACCGGGAGCCGGAAGAGGUGAUCCAGUGAGAGAGCUUUAGAUUCGUUCCCAAAUCUCCAAUUUUCUCGAUAUUCAGGCAUUGAAUCACACUAAAUAGAAGUUGGAAAGAUUUUCAAACAUGAGUGGGUUGAAGAGGAUCACAUCAACUGUUCUUAAACUUCCACUUGAGAUCCUCAUUGAUAUACUCACUCGGCUUCCGUCAAAAUCUUUAUUACAACUGAGGUGUGUUUCUAAAUUAUUUUGUUUACUUAUUGGGGAUGAUUCGUUUGCUGAUCUUCAUUACAGACGGUCCUUGACCCUUUGCCAUGGGAUGAGCAUUCUCAUCUCUUUUGUAACUAAAGCACGUCAGACCCGUGUGUAUUAUACAAUAAAUUUCACUGAUGAAACCCGAGGAACUCUCAAGGCCAACCGUGUGCGAUAUUUUGAUGAAUGUCCAAAAAGUCAUUUAGGGACAUAUGCCAAGGGCCUGAUUUCGCUACUCACAAAUUCAGGAGAUGAUGUAAUCUGCAACCCUAGUACAAGACAACAAAUUUCUCUUCCAAGAAUAUGUGUGAAUAACAGUCUCCUUGAAUCAAAUUGUGAGCGGUUGGCUUUUGAUCCAGUCUUGAAAAAAUACAAGCUUUUGAAGUCUGUAUGGUAUUCUGAAUCCGGCAAUCGUAUUGUUAAUGGCAUUGCCAUCACUCAUAGCUGGAUGAGGCAAUGGGUUUUUACUCUAGGAGUGGAUCAAUCAUGGAGGGAAAUAGAAUGCAUCCAGUUUUAUCAUGCUAAUUGCUGUUUCCAUCACUUCUUCCAUAGUGUUCAAAUUGAUCGUAUUAUCUAUUCAUUUAAUUGGAAGUUUGGUAGUUCACGUCCAGCGAAUAUAGCAGCAUUUGAUGUUUGUGCUGAGAGCACCCAUAUUAUUUCUUUUCCGAAUGACUUUUCAUCACAAUGCUCACAUCGUAUGAGUAGUGGUUUAAUUAUGAGGUCGGCAUUAGUUGAUCUGGAUGGUCGACUGGCCAUCCUUCAUAUUUCUAAAGUUGAUGACCGUAAGUAUAGUAUGGUCAUAUGGAAGAUGGAGAAAUGUAUGGUGUGGGAGCAGCUUGCAAUUGCCAUUCCAUUGGAGGCGAGUCAAAUGAUUCAUCGAUGUCUCCUACGUGUUACUACAAAUCAUUUUGGAGAAGUUAUGUUAUUCUUAAUAGGGAGAAGUAAAACCAUAUUCGUAUUGGUUCUACUUUAUAACUUCAAAUCACAAGUUUGGAGAAAGUUGGAUAUACAUGGGCUUCUAGAUAAACCGUCUCCUUGUUUUUGGGACACGGCUGUCAUGCACGUCAUUGUAGACAAUCUUUUUUCUGUUGCUGGAGGAUCAUCCAAUCGCCCUUUGGCAUAUGCAGGCUAGUUUGUUGCAGAAGCCGCAUGUUUAAUUAUAUGCAGUAAACUUGUGGACAUACUAAAGUUUCAUCAUGUAUUUGUGCUUCCCAUGGCUUGAAAAUACUCCGUAUGUGGCUCACAGGAGUCCUCGUUAUAUUUAAUUUAAAUUAAAUGGUAGCAUGCUACUUCUCCAACACAACUUUGCACUCCAUAGUCUACACUCUUUACAUGGUUGUACUCUAUAUUCGUG